CAGGUCCAAUGGCAGCCAUGGUGAAGUCUGAGUCGCUUGAGAGCAAUGUUUAUCCACAAACGGAACACUGUCACUCAUUCUCCUUCAGUUUCCCAACUCAUAACAUAUUCAAACAGGAAAUCACCUGCACCAAACCUGGAACAAUACUGAGAGCACUUGAAACUAAUGACACAUUCAUGGACCAAAUGGACAAGAAGACAAUGAAAGGGAAAGACAUUGUCAUCAAGAGUUGUAAGGGGUACAUAGUGAAGCACUUUCCAUGUUGGCUGAUCAAAAAGGAUGACAUUCUCACUAUUGACACUGUCACACAUGCCACAGGUGAAACUGCAGGGGACACGGAUGAAGAAACAGACAAUUAUGUAACUUUCUCUGUUGAGACAACAGGAGGGAAAAACAGCAAAUCAAAACCAAUACUUAUAAACAAACAACUUCAGUCCUACGGACCUCUAUGUAUCUAUGCAAAACAGAAGGAGGAAGUGGAGAAGGCUCUACAAAAUGAUGGACGCUUCUCAAACAUUGUGUUUGAACAAAAAUGUCAGCUCUCUGAGCGAUCAACAGGGAGCAAGUUUUCAAUGGGGCAAAUAGCUAAAAAACUGAACGGUCGAAACUUUGAAAUCUGUCUGACAAAAUACAACGAGAAAAUGGCAACUAAGAUGGAAACAUCUGACUCCACAAUAAAACCCCUUGUAACCUCUGAAGGAGACACCACACAGAUGACUCCAUCGAAGCUAAGAACUGAAACAUCAGAUGUAGGGGAGUCCUCUUCGAAAAGAAAGCAGAAUCGGAAAUGCAGUCCCAUGCCAGACCAUGGUGAAAUAUUGAAGAUCCUUCUCAACCAGUUUGAUGGUCUGGUGAAGCAUAUGGAAAGUAGGGGGGAGGACAGCCAGAAGAAGACAUUUCCUGAAGAGUUGCAUCGGAUGAAGCAGGAAUUCGGGAAAAUCAGUCAGAAGUUCUCGGAGGUUCACAGACUGAAGAAAUUGAUUAAACUUGGUGCCGCCGUUUGUCAGGUGAUUGUUGGCGGUGUUCAGGACAAGGAUGGGAAUGUUCAGAGUAUUCAGGGGACAGGCUUCGUGCUGUUUGAUAACUUCAUCCUAACAAAUGCACAUCUGUUUGGUGAAAAUGUCAGAAAAAACAUGCAGCUGUUUGUUGAUGUGUCUGUGAAGUUCAACUACGAAGAUCCGACUGGAUUGGAUGCGAACGUGUUCAAAGUCAAAACCCUGCUGAUCGACUUUGAAUAUGGAAAUCAGAAUAAACAUUACAUGGACUAUGCCAUACUGGAGCUAUGUCCUCUGAAUACGAAAAAACAGAAAAAGGUCCCUCCUGGUCUCCUCCGUGAAUAUGGCAAAGUUCCACCAGGCGGUGGGGCCUGCCUCAUUGGACACCCAAGUGGACUACCGAAACAAAUGGAACCCACCUCCAUCAUUGGCAGUGAGAUAAGAGAGGAGGCUGCGAAUAAAUAUAAACGGGAAAACGGACAUGCAAUCUUCACAAUAAAUGACGAAAUUAAAAAAAAAACAAAAAGCGCUAUCAUGAGGUGAUGCAGGAGAAGGACGACUUUGUGACCUAUAACACCUCCUUCUUCCAUGGAUCUUCUGGCUCUCCAGUCUUCGAUGACCUUGGUCGAGUGUUCGGCAUGCAUACUGGUGGCUUUGCCUAUGAGGAUAAGCGAACACAGAGCACCCAGAGCGUUAUAGAGUACGCCCUCCCACUGCUCACCAUCUUACAGAACUUUGUCAUCCGUUUGAAGGAGGACAACAAUC